GGCAGAUCUGCCACAAAUCAUGAUGGAUGUGGUCUGGGAAUGAAGCUAUUAGUCAUCUGUAUCGUCUCAUCAUCGUUUCUAUCAACGUCCGCACUCCCACCCCCGUCGCUGCGCCGCUCCUCCCUUCCCUCGCCAAGAACCAUGACCGUCCCCGUGCGGCGCACCGCCCCGACCAAACAACCGCCCACGGCCACCCCUGUUCCAGCGGAUGAUCAGAAAUGCUCCUCCCCACCGCCUCCCACGCCCACCGGGCAAGUUGCGGCUCACUACGUGAUAGAGGCCUUCCGCCCCUGGUCGCUCAGCCCGACCUUGUGCACGUCUGCUCUGGGGGCUGCGGUGGCGUGGCGGUCGGAAGGCAUGUUCAGCCUGCCGGUGUUUCUGCUGCAGUUGGCCGUGUGUGCGGCGCUGCAGAGCGUCGCCAACCUCCUCAACACCUACUUCGACCACAAGAAGGGCUUCGACACCAGGGAGCACAACGCCGACCCGACCCUCGUUGAGGACAGGCUCACUGUCAUACAGGUGUGCUUCACUGGAGGAAUGCAUGAACACAACACGUGUCCGCAACACACAUAGCCUGUCGGGUUGUCUGUCUGUGUGUGUGUGUCAGGUUCUCAUACUGAUGGCUGGCUCGUGGUUGGUCAGCGGCAUUGCCGGCGUGCAGCUGGCCCGCCUGGCGCCGCCGGGAGUGGACCCGCUCACCCUGCUGCUCUUCAUCGUCGGCGGGGCCUUCAUCGCGUCCAUCUAUUCGGCCCCUCCUGGCCUCAAGUACAUCGGCCUGGGCGACGUGGGUGUGUUCGCUGCCUGGAGCCUCCAGGCCCUCUUCUCGUUCUUCGUGCAGGUCAGUCAGCAGGGUCGGGACACACACAAUCGGUGUGAUAUGGUUUGGGAUGUGUUGGUGUGGUGUGUCAGACGGGCAAGUUAUCGCUACUGCCUUUUUGGCGUGCACUGCCUCUCGUCCUGCACACGGUGGCCAUCCUCCACGCCAACAACACACGGGACAUCAAAAACGAUCUCAGUAACGAGGCGCACACAAAACACACACCCCACACCCGUCACACGACUCCACACACCAUCACACCCUCGUCGGGCUGUCUUGUGUUAUGUUGUGUUGUGUGCAGAUGCGGGCGGGAGGACGUUGGCGGCGGUGGUUGGCUUGGAUGCGUCGGUGUGGCUGUACAAGGCGCUGGUGAUCGUGCCUUACGGAUUGGCGAUGAUCCGCGUGCUGAUGACCAAUCUCUGGUACGCCCUGCCACUCAUCACCAUGCCCAUCGCCAAGGGACUCGUCAAAAGGUAUCCAAUCCAUCCAGCCAGCCAGCCUGACUGACCUGGUGUCGUGUGUGUGUGUGUGUUGUGUUUAGGUUUGAGGGUCGUCACUUCAAGAGUGGUGUGGUGGAGGACACGGCCAAGAUGCAGCUGCUGUUCGGCGCCCUCACGUGCAUAGCCGAGGCCAACAAGCCCAUGAUACCCCUACACGCCCUCGUCAUCGUCGUCAUGAAGCAAAUGGCCGAACGGAUGGUCGACAAGCAGCAGCAGUAA